UUCAUUUGCUUUCUUUGUGGUGGUUGAAGUAAAAUGUAUUGUGAAGAUUCCACUUACGUUAAAAUACCCAAGUUUUCGUGAUUGUAUACGUUCUAAAAAAUUACAUAAAGGUGUUAUUCAAUUAAAAACUCGGUUUACGUUUAUGAAUAAUGAUUCGAGACGAGUAAAAUAUCGAAUCCCGAGUAACUGUUUAGGUUACUAUCGAAGUAAUAGAUGUUAGGUAAAUGCUGCAUGAAAAAUGAAUAUGUCAGCGAAGAUACCUUCAUCUGUAGUCAUUCUGAAGACGUGAAAUGGCUCUAAAACUGCUAAUAAUGUGGAACACUUGAGAGCGCAAAACAUGAAUAGCGUAUCUAACACGGAUUCGAUGGGGCCUGUUAACGUACUGCACAACGGUGUGAACACCACCAGCCAGAGUAGUUGUUUAACUAUACAAGAGGUAUCCAAAGAUUCGCUUUCUUCGGUUCGUAAGCUUCCGAAGAAACGAAAGUUUGAUUUAUCCGAAUUGGAAGAAACAUCUCCUCCGCAAUCGACGGCCGUAGAUUAUUCUUGCGUAGGUACCAGCAGCAGUACUACAAAUACGCACAACGGUCACGGGAAUUCGCCUGUAAUAUUACAUCAACAACAACAACACGCUUACUACGAGCCUAGCACUAAAAAGGAAUCCAAACCGAAUGUAAAUUUCCCAAUACCGAUAAUCAGUGUAAAUAAUACGAUACCCGAACGUAACGAUAAAUACACCGUAGCUCUACACGAAUGGGUAGAAAAUCGAGUAUUGGCCAAACGCGACGGUGUUUACGUACCAGGCAUCAUUCGUCGAGCCGACUCAUCGGCAGGUUGCGUUUGGGUGAAAUUUGACGACAGAUCGGAAAACGAACUGGUUCAGUUUACCGAUUUGCUGCGAGCUGGAAGAUACGAUAUAAUUAGCGACGCUAGUCCGUCGUUGAAUAGCAUCACCGAAGGUAUCAGAGUUUGUGUUCGGACUACCGGUUCGGCCGGAGCGGACGAUGUUUUGAGAGUAUUUGUCGAAGGAUUCGUCACAGAAGUGCUCCGGUCUCCGAUCACGUUCGCUGUACGGAUUCUAGAUUCGGACGAACAGUUUAUCUUCAAAAGAGCAGAUAUCAGAUUGUUGCAGCCUCCGUGGAUAGACGAACUUGAAAACGAGGAAAACGAUUUGCAGAAUGAUCUGCCUCCUCCAUUGUUACCUUACGGAAAUAUACCUUCCAGCGCAGCCAUAAAUUGUAAUAAUCUGUCUGUCGCGUCGUCCAGUUCUUACCAACCAUCCACUUCGACUCCGUAUUGCAAAAGUGCUGCUACUUCACCGUUGCAAGUGAAUCCGGCGACGUUGCUUCCGAAUAAUGUUUCGUUACCUAAUACAAGUUCUGACGAGCAACGCCGCAGACAUAACGACGAUCCUUGCGAGAGCGACGAUGAUCUCAGACGAGAGAAUAUCUCAUUUCCUUCGUUCGAUAACGAAAUGGGCAAAUAUAAUUUUUCGGCCACUAGUAGUAAAAGAAGCAGUGUACAAAGUAUCGGGAGCACAUCCAGUAUUCUAGAUUACACACCUAGAUCAACACCGGCUACACCGAGAUUUGUCGAAACGAGUGGUUCGCAAAACACAACGCCUCACAAGUAUAAUAAAGGAGACGUCGUAGCUACCCCUAGCGGAGUGCGGAAAAAAUUCAAUGGAAAACAAUGGCGUAGAUUGUGUUCGAAAGAGGGCUGCAGCAAAGAAUCUCAACGUCGAGGAUAUUGCUCGCGGCAUCUCAAUUUGAGAGAUUAUUCUUUACGUCCUGCUACAACUGUACCAUCACUUUUUGUCAGAAAUAGACGUAAUAAUAGGAGCGCUUUAGAUAACACGAGCGAAGAGACAUCGUUAGAUUCCGAAACAUCUCCAAAUAGCAACGAACGUAGCAGAUUAGCUGGUCGAUUCGACUCGGAUGAAACCGAAGCCGCUAAUAUGCUCGUUUCUUUGGGAAGUUCUCGAUGCGGUACUCCAUCGUACAAUUCGUCUCGAGGACCGGCGUAUUCUCCGGGAAAUGCCAGCUUACAAUCGCCGCUAACUGUAGUUCAACAUGUAGGCAACACGCAGUACACGUUUUUGCCUAUUAAAGGCAAUCACAGCUCACCGACUACGAACGAAGCCACAUCAGUAGUACAAAUCACACCUAAGCCGAUCAUAAAGCCGCAAGCGAGAUCGGGAGAUGCGACUAAUAAUCCAUCUACUGUAACGGUCACCCAAUCUCAAGCUAGCGUUAUUCGAAUUUCACCUCAGAAAGUCAGCUCGUUAUCAGUUCAUAGUAUACCUAUGUUAGUAGGACCGGAUACAAAACUAGAACCACCCAAACAACAAAUUUUACUGCCAAUUUCACGCAGUAAUAUUUUAGAACGUGCAUUAACAUCGGCCGAAGGUGAACAAAAUAUCGAGCAAGUUCAUUCGGUUAUCAAAAAAGAAAGCAGUAUUCCUCAACCCAUUCAUCGAGCUCCUCAAGUCGUCCAGAAUAACCAGCAAAAUUUCCAACAUUCUGUCUUGGUCAAUAAUGGAGCUUCUGUACUUCAAGUUCAUAAAUUAGCGGAAGCGAAAACUAUACCAAUUCCAAAUUCCGGUACGCAUCCGAAUAUUCAUUACGUAUCGGAAAUAAUAAAUUCGGGCAACGGUAUCAUUACCCAUGGCCAACAAUCUUCGAAUAAUUCUCGAAAUCCGGUAAUUCAACAAGUAAUAGUUCAACCUACAGAGUUACUGCCUAUUAUUCCGAUUCCACCGCCCAGAAAUGAUCCUCCUCGUGAAAGUCCAAUCAAUAUCAAUGACACCGAAGGUGUACGAAUUCCCAUUUAUUCGUGGGAUACUUUAUUACCCAUUAUUCAUAGCAGCGCUACACCUCCGCCGACUCCUCCACUAUCAGCACCUCCUGUAUUAUCUCCACCUCUGGACGAGCUAGUUACCGGUGGAGACGAAGACGACGACGUUUUCGAAGCAGAUCCGGCCGAACAAGAAGAUGUCGUGGAUGAUGCCUUGGUCAGCGAUAGCAAUAACAAUAAUGGCAAUUCAGUUCAGCCCGGCAAACGUAGAACGCAAUCGUUGAGCGCGUUGCAAAAUCUUCAAAAUAGUAAAGAACCGCAGAGCCCACUUAAGGGAAGAGAACGAAUCCGCAGACCGAUGAAUGCGUUCAUGAUAUUCAGUAAAAGGCAUCGCAGCUUAGUCCACGAGCAGCAUCCGAAUCAAGAUAAUCGUACUGUUAGUAAGAUUUUAGGCGAAUGGUGGUAUGCUCUCGAAGCUGAUAAGAAGCAAGAGUAUCACAGAUUGGCUUCAGAAGUGAAAGAGGCUCAUUUCAGGGCGCAUCCUCAGUGGAAAUGGUGUAAUAAAGAUAGACGUAAGUCUUCGACCGGGUCUUCCAAGAAGAGCAUAGCAGAAGAGGGACCCAACGGCGGUGCUCAUCACGAUCAACAGAAUGAACUUUUAGAAGUUACCAUUGAAAUGCGAGAAGAGAAUGGAAAUCCGGUGGAAAUAAAUUCUGCCGAGGAAUGUGAUGGUAAAAUAAAUAUCAGAGGGACGGAAAACAUGUACGUUGAUAAUUCCGAAGAUGAACAAAAUUUGGUAAUAUCGGUGGAUAACGGUCCGCAUAUAGAUUUAAAAUGCAAAGAAAAAGUAACAGAUUCGGACACCGAGUCGCAAAGCGAUGUUGAAUCAUCCGCUGCUGAAAGCAGAGCUUUCACACAGCAACGUUUCAGUCCGGUUAAAAACAAUCAAGGCGAAGCAUUACGAUCCAAAGCUAUUAAAAUGGCGAGAUCAGGGGAAAGUACCAGUACAAAUAAAGUAGAAAGUGGAGUAAUGUACGGAGCAAAAGAAGAACAACACGGUUCUGUAUUCUCGUAUUAUCCUCACGGUUCUUCGGCUUUCCAUCCAGUUUCGCCCAAGGUGCCAAAAAACCCUUCUAUCUCAAGCGAACCGACACACAGUCCGCGCGAAGUAUGGCAAACAUCUUCAUCGACUUCGGUAUCCGAAAGCGUCACUUGGAGCACUGCGGCGGCCAGUUUAAAUUCGCCCAUUAAACCGGAACCAGCAUCGAGCCGCGGUUCUAGCGGUGAUCUACAUUCCACGUCACAUUGGCAAAAGCCUAACCAAGAACCGAUCAUGUCUCCUGCGCAAACCAUGCCAGUCAAAUCUUUGCGGUUUUUAUUCAAACAAAAUAACCAAGAAACCUUAUCACCUGGUUACGCUGUAUCGCCAUCGUGCACGAUAGCUUCGAAAACCGCCAGUGCGACCGCUUCGAUUAUUACAAACGCUGCCGUUCUUACCCAACAGUCGCUUUUGCUUAAAAGUCCGCAUCAAACGCAAGUCACUGCGGUGAAAACGAUCCCGGUAUCGUCCAUAUUACCUACGUCGACUGCCCAGGCUCAUAUUAAUUAUCAACCCCAACCCGUCACGUUGGCUUUUAUACAACCAGCCGAACCGGGUCAAUUGUUGACUAACUUGUUACUGAAACAAAAUCGCGAACAACCUGUCAGUUCGCCGACAACGCCGAAUACGCAGGCUGAAACUUUACAUUAUGUUAGAGUGAGCGGUAACCAGUUGAUGAGAAAUAUCUAUGUGCCGACUCAGCGGGAAUUCCAUAUACCGGUGUCGAGUGAAUCCGUGACAACGAGAUACGAAAAGUCACCAGUUUGCUUAGUGGAAAAUUACGGUGGACAGCCGGGUAGUGUUAUCGUUAGUAAAGCUAAUGCAACUUAUGCUACGAAAAGCGACGAUCGCAUCGAAUCAAAUUCGAGAACUACGCCGAAUUACGGAACAGUUUUACAUUAUGAAAAACGCUCGGAAGAGUCUUCUUAUCACGACAGCGGUUGUUCUAAUGGAAUAGACGUCUCAUCAUCGUUCGUAAACGUGAAAAAAGAGCCCCAAACCCCGAAGGCCGUCGAAGAUCAACAGCAGUACAGAGGCCUGCAAACUUCCGUGUUGGUUGCUAAUGUAUCGGAGAAUCAACCGGAAAAGCCGUUUGUAUUGGCACCUACCCCAGCCCAAUUGGGUAAAGCUCCAUUGCAAAGACGUCUCUCAGUUGCUGCCAUCACAACGUCAUCCAGUCCUUCACCCAUGUCGUCGUCUUCUAACACGGUUACCUCGACCAUCAUGUCACCCAAAAUGACUCCAUGCGGUAGCUCGGCUGGUACACCUCAGAGCGCUUCGUCAAUCAAGACCGAAUCGAACGAUCCAGAAUCUUCGUUAAUUCCAGAGUCACCUUCGUCGGCCAAAAAGCAGAGUUUUUUCAAGAAAAACAUCGAAGAUGGAAUGGACAGGGUACUGGAGCAAGUGAAUUUCGAGCAAAAGUUCUCAUUGUUGCCGAAAUUCAAACCGGAAGAGUGUCAAUCGCCUAGUGCCAUAUCGGUGAGCUCGAGCCCGCAAGUAUACGCUGCUCAGACUCCGCACCGAAAUAAACACCCGGUGUCGCAAAGAGCAUCGGACGAAGAACCAGCUACGAGUGUAGAAAGUGUACCGAGUUCGGCUUCUAAAUCGGCUAAAUUACACGGAAACGCGUUCUUCGGACCGGAUUUCAAUGUUGACAAUUAUAAAAAUGAUUACGAUAAUUGGGAAGGAUCUCCGAGAACUCCUCGUACUCCGAGCAGUCGCAGCGAUUCGGCUAACGAUAAAGGUCAUCGAAGAGUUCUCGAGCAGAGAAGGCAACUGGUAGUGCAGUUGUUCGAUAAACACGGAUUUUUCCCAUCUACACCAGCUACGAACGCGUUCCAGGCCGAUCACGCCGACUUGUUCCCGAGUAAAGGAGCGUUACAAUUGAAGAUACGAGAAGUUCGUCAGAAUUUAAUGCGACGGAAUGUGGCGCCCAGUGCGAACUCGACCGAUGGUUCCAAUGAUCCGAAUGUCGGAUUAGGAAAUGCAAGCAACGCUACUAAUGGUUGAAGUAACCAUGUUCUUUGUCAUUUCGGACUUGGCAUUUCUAGCUCACAAUUGUAUCUCAUAUAAUGUAAGCGUGUUCAUGUGUACCAUAACUUUAAUGUACUAAUACCUACUUUAGGAAUUCCCUUCUUCUCUGUUUGUUGAUUAACGCCUUUUAGAUUAUUUCGCAUGUUUACUACCCUACGUUUAAAGAUUCAUAAUUUAUAUUGUUGAGAUUUUCGCAACAGGUUUUAGUUUUUAUUGCCAGAAAGUAUCAUUGUUUUCGUUGCUAAUUGUACGCAGCAAACAAAAUUGAAAUUUUAAUAUUAACGAAGCUAUUUUAAUUUUCUUUUUCUUUCUAAUACCUAUAUAGUUAUUUAUUAAUUGUAAAAAAAAUUACGUUUUUUAUUAUUUUUUUUCUGAAAAAAAAAAGAAAACAAGAAACCGAAAUAAGGAAAAGUUGUGUAUAGUUUUGUACAAAAUGAACGUCAUUUUUGUAACUGUCGAUGAUGGAAUCUACGAAUUUGAAAAAUUAGCGUGACGAGGAUGUUUGUUUGUUUCGACGAUUCAUUUCUUUUUUUUUUAAAAAUACAUUCGAGAGAAUUUUAGCUAAUUUUUUUCUUUUUGUAUAGAUUGAUCUCUGUCGUAUUUUGUAGCAUUUUAUAUUUGACCUCUAUUUUCUUCGUUUCAUACUGUAGCGUUACCGUAAGGUCUGAUUUUGAAAAUUUGCCAUUCUAAAAAAAAAGGGAGGGUGCCAUUAUAUUCGACGUACCCCUUGACGAUUGUGCCUGAGUGUAUCUCGUUGUAGGUAUCUGUUUAAAAUAAAUAAUAUAUUUUUACGAAUAGUGCAAAAGGAAUUCGAUAUUGAAGAUUGUUGAAUUUAAAACAUUGUUUGUUUUUAUAAAUUAAGAUGUGAUAGCGUUAUUUUCAUUGUUGCGUUUGUAUUUGUUUUAACUUGGUAUUUAUAUUUAUAGUGAAAUUUACAAAAGAAAAAAAAAAUCGAUGUUGCCAUUAUAAAAAUAUGUAUUCAUAUUGUAAUCGAAGUAUGUUUAUUUAUGUGUUGCUCGUUAUAUUUAUCUUAUUCUUCUUUUUAUCUUCUUUUUAUUUUUGAAAAAAAAAAAAACUUUUAGUGUGUUCUGUUUUCCUUUCUUAUUAUUAUUUUAUUUUUAUUUAUUUUUUUCUUUUGCAUUUAGAAGGAUUUUUAUUGUGAAAAGACAAAUUUUACCAUCAUUUUUUUUUCGCGCGCACACACACGCAUAUUCCAGUAUUAUUAGUAACAUGGUGUGCUUCGUGGGAGGGAGGGAUGUAGAAAAUUAAGAAAAAGUCGUGCCAAAUUUUGUUUUUUUUUUUAGAUAAUGGGGAUUUUUAACAAAUCGAUGUUGUCUUUUUUUUCGUGUUAUCAUACUUAAGUCUUUCAUUCUACUUUUUCUUUUAUUUUAUGUUUUGUAUCAGUGGAUAUGAAAAAAAUCAAACUUCGCUUUGUAUUAAUGUUGUUAAUGUAAUAUGUAUGUGUAAUAUUCACUCGAAUAAAUAUCAUAUAAUAGUUUAA